GUAAAAGUUUUUAUCUAAUUUUCCCCUUUCUACCUUCUUGGUUCUUUUUCUUUUUCAAGUUUCUCAAUUUGAAUUUUUGGGUUUUGAAGGAUAGAUUGAAUCACUUGAUUUGACUUAUUUUUUUAAAAUCAAAUCGUAGCGAACAAGGUGAAAAUUCAGUUAGGUUAAGGUUUGGAUAGUCUUUAUGCACUCAAGACUUCACUUGUGAGAUUACUGGGUAUGUCGUUAUUCAAUGCUAAGUCUAUUUUGUUGGGUGAGAAUUAAUCUUUUUUCUUGGUCUGAAAAUUGUAAUUAAUUAUUGCAUGUUUUGGCUGUAACUUUAUCUUGUAAGUUGUUUAUCGCACUUUUCGUGAUUAGCUUAUCCUUGUUCUACCUCCGUAUAGCAGUCGUGUUGUGUGUUGUUUGAGACGAAGUUCUUUGGGAAAUAAUCUCUCCAUCCUCUGGGAGAGGUAGGGGGUAAUUGGACAAAAAGAACCUAAAUCACAAAUUUCACAUACAGAGAAGAGUUGAACCAUGAUGGGAAGAUGCUUAUCAGUUCAAUCAUCAAACCCAACCGAACUUAAAUUUCAAACUUUGAAUGGAAUUCAUCAACUAGCUGAAAGUUGUCGAUUCAAGGCAUGGUUUCUGGAUCAGUUUGGUGUGCUUCAUGAUGGGAAACAUCCCUAUCCUGGUGCCAUUUCGGCCUUGGAAAAGUUGGCAACUUAUGGUGCAAAGAUGGUAAUCAUUAGUAAUUCUUCGAGAAGAGCAUCCACAACCCUGGAAAAAUUGAGGAGCCUUGGAUUUGACCCGUCGCUCUUUAUUGGUGCAAUCACGAGUGGUGAAUUAACACAUCAGUAUCUUCAAACGAGAGAUGACGCUUGGUUUGCCUCAAUAGGAAGAUCGUGUAUUCACAUGACUUGGAGUGACAGGGGUGCUAUAUCUCUUGAAGGCCUCGGACUAGAAGUUGUAGAGAAGGUUGAGGAAGCUGAUUUUAUUUUGGCUCACGGAACUGAAGCCUUGGGGCUUUCUUCUGGUGCCGCAGUUCCUAUGAAUCUUGAUGAACUUGAAAAGAUACUGGAUCAGUGUGCUGCUAAGAAAAUCCCCAUGGUAGUAGCAAAUCCUGAUUUUGUAACCGUUGAAGCUAGAUCUCUGCGUGUUAUGCCUGGAACAUUGGCAGCCACGUAUGAGAAACUUGGCGGUGAAGUGAAAUGGAUGGGUAAACCUGAUAAGAUAAUAUACAAGUCAGCUAUGGAAAUGGCUUCUGUUGUGGAUGCCUCCGAUUGUGUAGCUAUAGGGGACUCCCUUCACCAUGAUAUCAAAGGCGCAAAUGUAGCUGGAAUUGCUUCAGCGUUUAUCACAGGCGGAAUACAUGCUGCUGAACUUGGACUUGGAAAAUUCGGAGAAGUCGUGGAUGAUGAUAAUGUACAUGCUCUUGCCUUGGCAAGCAAUGCAUAUCCUACAUAUGUGCUGCCUUCAUUUACUUGGUGAAGAAUGUACUGUUCACUUUUGUACAUCUUUUUGAUUCUUUUGCUUUUGGUGUCAAUCAUUGUGUUUUAACUGAAUUUGUUUUUUCCUUGAACCAUCCAUUUUAUCUUGGUGGAAUACAAGGAUUUUCAUGAUCAAGUCUUAAAUUACUUAUUGUAAUUAUAGGUAAGGUGAACUAUAAGAGAAAUGGUAGUAUUUUUUUUACUGA